GUAAUUGCGUCACUAAUUGCGUGAUAUACGCGGAAGUAGCCACGUCCUCAGUCUUUAAAAAAAACCAUGUGACAAACCCGGAAGCGUUUCAAUGAAUUUACUACAGUCACGACUUCACUGCUGAAAAGCCAGAAAACAACACAAGAUGGCCCAGUUUCAGGAAGUAUCAAAGCAGUCCGGUCUGCAUCCCAAGCCUGCAGGGUUGCUUUCGCAGUAUGGUACCGCUGGUUUCAGGACCAAAGCCGAACUGCUGGACCACGUCAUGUUCCGAUCGGGACUGCUGGCCACUAUCCGCUCCAAAAAGACCAAAGCCACCAUCGGAGUCAUGGUCACCGCAUCGCACAACCCUGAGGAGGACAACGGGGUGAAGCUGGUGGACCCCAUGGGGGAGAUGCUGACUGAGACAUGGGAGGUCUACGCCACCCAGCUGGCCAACGCUGAGCAGGAAGAUUUGCUCGCUGCUCUGAAGGACAUUAUAGAGAAGGAGGCCGUAAACAUGAGCCAGGAAGCUAACGUGUUUGUGGGCAAAGACACCAGAAGCAGCAGCGCCAGCCUUUCACAGGCAGUAUUGGAUGGAGUAUCGGCACUUGGUGGUCACAGCAAAGACUAUGGUUUGGUGACCACCCCACAGCUCCACUACAUGGUUUGCUGUCAGAACACACAGGGUAAAUAUGGAGAAGCCACAGUGGAAGGAUACUACAAGAAACUCUCCCAAGCUUUCAUUCAGCUCUCAAAGAAUGCCUCCAAUUGCACAGACGACCAGAAGCACCUCUCUGUGGACGGCGCUAAUGGAGUCGGGGCUCUAAAGGUCCGUGAGAUGGAGAGUCACCUGAAGGGGGAGCUGCAUAUAUCGCUGUUCAACGACGGCAGUAAAGGAAAGCUCAACCACGAGUGCGGGGCUGACUUUGUCAAAGUGCAGCAAAAACCUCCAACAGGCGUUAAGUUGAAUCCAGGGGAGCGUUGCUGUUCCUAUGACGGUGACGCUGACCGAAUAGUUUAUUACUACGCCGACGCUGGAGGAAAGUUUCACCUGCUGGAUGGAGAUAAAAUCGCUACUCUCAUCAGCACUUACCUUAAAGAGCUGCUCACACAGGCUGGUCUAGACUUGGAGAUAGCAGUGGUGCAAACUGCUUAUGCUAACGGGAGCUCAACAAACUAUUUGAAAGACACUAUGAAGGUGAUAGUGAGGUGUACUAAAACCGGAGUGAAGCAUCUUCAUCACGCAGCUCAGGAGUUUGAUAUCGGUGUGUACUUCGAGGCCAACGGUCAUGGCACUGUGUUGUUCAGCAAGGCAGCUGAAGAGAAGCUCCAGCAGCUGGCUGAGGACUCCAGCACCAACGACGAGAGGAAGAGAGCAGCUGUCCUGCUGCGGAACACCAUCAACGUCAUCACCCAGGCUGUAGGUGAUUCCAUUUCUGACAUGCUGCUGAUCGAAGCCAUAUUAGCCAUCAAGGGGAUGACUAUCCAGCAGUGGGACGCCAUCUACAGUGACCUGCCAAACAGGCAGCUCAAAGUCAAGGUGGCGGACCGCAGGGUGAUAGACACAACAGACGCAGAGAGACAGGCAGUGAGCCCAGCAGGACUGCAGGAGGCCAUCAACAGCUUAGUGAAGAAGUACAGACAGGCACGCUCCUUCGUGAGACCCUCCGGCACCGAGGACGUGGUGAGAGUUUACGCCGAGGCAGAAACGCAGGAGAGCGCUGAUGCCCUGGCACAUGAAGUCAGCCUCGCGGUUUAUCGUCUCGCUGGAGGAGUGGGGGGUGAACCCAAACCAUUGCACUAGAAACACACACACACACACACACACACACACAAUCACACAAUGCUGACUAGUCAAUCGGUGCUUUUUGAAUGCAAUCCCAACUGACAACAUUAUUUUCUAAAGUUAUAAUCUAUCAAAAUUGCUCCUUUUCGGAGAAAAAAAAAUAUUUUGUACUGUUGAUUGCACUUGGUACUUCACUCUAGCUCUCUAUUUCUUUGUAUUUGUCUGUCAUUGUGAAGAUAUGGGAGAAAAUGAAGGGUUUUUAUGAUACUUUAAGUAAUGCUACUCAUAACGGUUAUUGUGUCUCAAACGGGCUACUAUGUGUCUCUAAAUCAUGUUUUUUUUAAUGUAAAAUAAAUGAACUACUUUCCUGUAUAUAUUCCAUAAUUAAAACAUAAAUUGUCUUCACACACAAAUUAAGAAGGUUUUGAUGGUUUCAAUUAACUUUCAGUUAUUAUGUAACUUCCUACUAAAUGGAAUCUUUUUCACCGGGUACUGUAUGUAAUUUCUUUUUUGUUUUUUUUUAAACGGUUAAAUCACAAGUUUACAUGAGGAAAGUCAUAGCAAUUGUUCUUCCCCUGAAUGUCUGUAGGAAAGCCUUUGCGGCUUUGAUUUGAAUAAAUAAUGGAAAAGAAAA